UUGGAUGGUUUGACCUUCCAUCGGCUUCUUAGUUGCUUGCUACCUUCCUUCCGCUCAUUUUCUCUCUUCAUCGCUUCUCGAUUGCAGAGGUUGCCUGCCUGCCUAUUCAAACAAACGACUUUUCCUUACGCACCUUUCUAUAUCCUCUUGUCUCUCUCUAUUAUUUUUUCAAAGUCAAAAUUUUCACAGAGAAUGAGAAUUUGAUACAGAAAAAUAAAACCCAAAAAAGUUUAAUCCCUCAGUUAACCUAAACCCCUCAAUUCCAUCCUUUCUGUGAUUUUCUUUGAUUUUAUCGAAAUUUCAGCCAUUUUUUUUUGUGAGUAUUUAACAUUUGAACCUUUUUUCCCCAUGAAUUCCAACCCUACAUCCAGCUCUGGAGGGGCUGGAUCCACCGAUCCUUCUGCAGUUAGAAGAAAUUCAAAGCGACCGAAGUAUUCAAGGUUUACCCAACAGGAACUUCCAGCAUGCAAACCAAUUUUAACUCCUCGUUGGGUGAUUUCUGCUUUCAUGGUCGUCAGCAUUGUGUUUAUUCCAAUUGGAGUUGCUUCGCUUUUCGCAUCUCGUGAUGUUGUUGAAAUUGUUGAGCGCUAUGAUGAGGCCUGUGCACCAGCAGGAUCUAAAAGUGAAAAGAUCAGUUACAUUCAAGGACCUGCAGAUAAAACCUGCACUAGGACACUAAGAGUGUCAAAGCAUAUGAGAGCACCUAUUUAUAUUUACUACCAGCUUGAUAACUUUUAUCAGAACCAUCGCAGGUACGUAAAAAGCCGAAGCGACCAACAGUUGAGGCAUAAUGGUAGUGCUUCUGAAGUUAGCGCUUGCAGACCAGAAGAUAUUGCAAAUGGGAUGCCUAUUGUGCCUUGUGGUCUCAUAGCUUGGAGUUUGUUCAAUGAUACCUACAGUUUUGCUAUAAGUAGCAGGAACCUUACGGUCAACAAGAGAGAAAUUUCAUGGAAGAGUGAUAGAGAUCACAAAUUUGGGAGGGAUGUUUUCCCAAGAAACUUUCAGAGUGGAGGAAUUAUUGGUGGUGCACAUUUAAAUGAAUCAAUCCCUCUUAGCGAUCAAGAGGAUCUCAUAGUAUGGAUGCGAACUGCAGCUCUUCCUACUUUUAGAAAAUUGUACGGGAAAAUUGAACAGGAUUUGCAAGCAAAUGAUGUUAUAAAUGUCACUCUCCAGAAUAACUACAAUACCUACAGCUUCAAUGGGAAGAAGAUGUUGGUACUUUCCACCACUAGCUGGCUUGGUGGGAAAAACGACUUCCUUGGUAUUGCGUAUCUUACUGUGGGUGGCUUGUGCUUCUUUUUGGCCAUGCUGUUCACUAUCAUUUAUCUGGUGAAGCCAAGACGACUUGGCGAUCCUUCUUAUUUGUCAUGGAACAGGAAUCCAGGUGGUAGAUAAUCAGCGGUUAGCCUUGUGAUAUAUUUGGGAAGAAACUUGUUUGUGUAAAUUCAAAUACUUGGUUAGUGUUGUAAUUGAAUGUUGGUGGAGGGGGGUACAUUUCAGAUCCAAAUAUUUGGUUCUUGGCACUUUGGCUGCUACGAGAGAAAUAUUAUGUAUAAUUUUAUGAAUAUAAGUUUCUACAUGAGCAACGUGUUAAUUAUGUUCAGGUUUACCUACUAUUUAAGCAUAGCUGGUCCUACUUGAAGUUGGUACAUCAGUUGAAGUAGUAGGGUUGAAGGUUGUAGCAAGCAAUUAGCCUAGAAUUGUUUUCGUUUCUUCGGAUCUUCCACGGCUUUCCCUUCUUUCACCUAUUUCCUUUUUCCCUUUUCUAUUAUUAAUCUUAUUGAUUUUUCUCUCGUA